AUGGAUGUCGUCUGCGACGACAUUGCCUCGCACCCAGUCCUGUCCGCUGCCCCCGGUCUCAACGCCCUCGGUUUCUCCCAAGGCGGCCAGUUUCUACGCGCGCUGGUGCAGCGCUGUGGAGAUCGGGUGCGGGUGCGUAAUCUCGUCACGUUUGGGAGCCAGCACAAUGGGAUUGCAAAGUACCAGGUAUGCGGGUCGUCGGACUGGCUGUGUAAAUCGUACAUUGCGCUGUUGAAGUCCAACACGUGGAGUGCGUGGGUGCAGUCGCACUUGGUGCCUGCGCAGUAUUUCAAGGCGGUGGAUGAGCGCACGGGCGAGCCGACGGAGGAGUAUUUGGAAAAUUCGAAUUUCCUCGCCGAUGUGAAUAAUGAGCGGGCGAGUAAGAAUGAGGCGUAUGCGCGCCGGCUGGCGGGCUUGGAUCAUUUUGUCAUGUAUGUGUUUGAGAAUGAUACGACUGUGAUUCCAAAGGAGAGUGGCUGGUUUGCAUAUACGAAUGUGACGGAUGGGAGGGUGACGGGGGUGAGGGAGCGGGAGAUAUACAAGGAGGAUUGGAUUGGCUUGAAGAAGUUGGAUGAAAGGGGGGGUUUGCAUUUCGAGUCGACCGAGGGAGAGCAUAUGCAAUUGAGUGAUGAGGUCUUGGUUGACGUUUUCAAAAAGUGGUUUGCGCCUUCGGAUUCUCGCAGCUGGGCUGGCGUGGACGGCGAGCAGCGAGUUAUUGAAUUGUAA